CUUCGUCUUCGGAACAGCAACUGUUCGAUCGACGCGGCUUCCAGUCAUGGCCCGCACAAAGCAGACUGUCCAGGUUGCGCGCAAGUCAACUGGUGGGAAGGCUCCCCGGAAGCAAUUGUCUGCGAAACUUAUGCGGAAAAUUAUGCCGUCGUCUACUGCCGUCAAGAAGGCUCAUCGGUUCAGGCCUGGUACGGUAGCCCUACGGGAAAUCCGACGCUACCAGAAGUCCACCGAGUUGCUCAUACGCAAGCUGCCUUUCCAGCGGCUGGUCAGGGAAAUCUCCCAGGACAUGUUACACAACCUGCGCUUCCAGUAUUCGGCCUUGCUAGCCCUGCAGGAAGCCACCGAAGCAUACCUCGUUGGCAUCUUCGAAGACUCGAACUUGUGCGCCAUUCACGCCAGGCGUGUCACCAUUAUGCCCAAGGACAUUAACCUGGCUCGUCGAAUACGCUGUGAACGGUUGAAGUAGUUCGGCACUAGACGGCUCGCCAUGACACUUGCCCUGGUUCACACACUUCAUAUUUAUUUACUCGCACCCGUCGGGUGUUUUUACCUUCAUCAUCAAUAAAGUCGCCUUCCCACAGAA